ACGGUUAACGUGUUUGCAUCAAAGAGAUGUUUGAACGAUAUUUGAAAUCGAUUAAACAAAUUGAAUAUUUUUCAAUCAAAACAUGACGUCACGUAAACAUUCAAAAAUAUUAUAAUGUAUUUCGGAGGGAUUUAAAUUCGUAUCUGCAUUGGUACUUCGUAUGUUGUCAACGUGUGCCAGUUUUUUAUUGAGUAUAUACACGACAAUAACCAGGAUUAAAAACCCUUCGUUUGAAACUCCUCAGAGAUGGACGGGAUGAAAUGUUCCAGAUACCUCCUCGUAUUCGUCUGUAUCAUCAUGUUUUUAUCCGGAGGAACUCUUGUAGCGGCCGGUCUGAUGUUUAAACUGGACAGUGGUUUCUUGGACACCGCAGUCGUGACAUUGUUUAACACAGUCCAGUACAGCUCUUUGCCGCUAGGUAUAACCUGUGAGGCUCUCUCGUACAUCAUGAUGUCAACCGGUGGUCUGAUGCUGUUUGUGGCCAUUUUGGGCAUGUGUGCUGGGAUGAAGGCUGUUAGAGGCUGCCUUUGGGUCUUUAUUGUUCUAGCGGUGAUAUUCAUUCUGCUUCAAGGCGUCACCAUCGGGUUGUGGCUCAGUGUCCGCACGAAGGCGGACCUGUGGCUGCGUGGUAAGAUGCUGGACCUUCUGAAGAACUACGCCGGACCCGAGGCCACCGACUCCACCUCGAACGGAUGGAACAUUCUCUUUAUGAAGGCGCGAUGUUGCGGUGUGAACGCCCAAUACGAGAACGGCGGAACUAACGAUGACUUCACCGAGCUUCCCACAACAUGGACCCCAUCCGGAACUGACAAACUCCCGGCCUCCUGUUGUCAAGGUGCCAGCACCAGCACCGUGUCUACUUACGUCAGCAGUAGCACGUGCACUCAGACGCCGAGCAACUUUUACACAGAAGGCUGUUACUCGAGGGUCAAACAUUACAUCGACACAUACAGUCUUGUCACCAUCAUUGCAGCCGGAUCUGGUAUCAUGGUUGAGGUGCUAGCUAUCAUCUCAGCGUGCAUUGUGAUAGAUAAAAAGAAAAACAGAGUUGGCGACAUAUCUGAUCAAUCGAAACCACCGCCCUAUGUUGCGAUCGAUCAUGUGAUAUCAGCAAAGAAGGCUGCCGCGGUGAUGAAUCGACAUUAGGCAUUGCUAAAUGGAAGGCGCCCAAUUUAAAGUGCGCAAACUUGACAAUAAUUAAUCUAAUAUCUUGGUUCUGGAUUACUUCAAACUUACAAGUUUCAUAGUGACUUCCAUGACUGUGGUUUCUGCAACUGUUAAAUAUGAAAGUCCACCAGAAGCAGAUGUUGUGUCCUCUGAUGUCGGUGUCAACAGUUUUAUCAGAGUUGUUCCGCAUUAACAGCUAAAUCACAUCAACUCUGAGUCCGUUGAAUUUUACUAGUUAUUAUUCAGGACAAGAAAGAAAAUAAAUAUAGUGUUUCAGGACAAGAAAGAAAAUAAACAGUGUUUCCUUGUAACUUUUUAUUGGAACCGUAUGAUAUUUCAAUCACAUUUCAUAUUGAUCUAUGUUCUGUCACUACAUUCAUUCUUGCAUCGAAUUGAACUGAAUAAAAAUUGAUCCUCA